AUGUUAAGACAUGACGGAGUGAAGCUCGGGGUUUGCAUGGGCACCCAGGAUGGCGCCUCCCUCCAUGUGGUGCUGCCACUAAGAGCAGGCUCCGGGGACCGCAGUGUGAGGCGGCGCACACCGCUCGUGCACACGUCCGCGCGCACACAGCCGCACACCCUGAAGACACUCGCACGCGCGCUCCCACCGCCGGCUCCCGCCUGGGUCCCGCGGUCGGCAGGAGGCCGGCGCGCCGUUUCCGGACCAGCGGAGGCGCAGCGGCACGCCGCGAACCGCGACAGCCGCUCGCGGAGCGCACUCCGGCUCCGGGCUGUGGAUCUGUCGGUCGGGCCCGGGGCGCAGUCCGUGUGUCCCGCGCGGGACCCGCCUCCUCCGCCCGGGACCGUUCGCAGCCAAUUAGGCGCGCGCGCUAACGAGGGCGGUGGAGCCCGCGGCCGCCUGCGGGCGCACGUGUGUGCGGCGACCCCGCCGCUCGCCGCCAGCGACACGGUGCCCGCGGCGCCCGAGGGUGCUGGGGCGGCCCGGCCCGGCCCGCCGCCGCGCCCCACCUCCUUCUCGGUGCUGGACAUCCUGGACCCCAACAAGUUCAACAGCAGGAGACGCCGCUGUGUGCUGCUGGGCCCCGCGGCGUGCGCCCCGUGCGCCCCGGCCCCCGCCGCCCCGGGACGCCCGCCGCGCUCAGAGGAGCUGGAGCGCCGUGCCCUCGCGGCCGCCGGAGGAGCUGGAGCCGGUACCGGAGCUGAGCCGCCGCACGCCGGCGACCCCUGCAAGGCGGACGAGGCCGAGGCCAAUGGCUACAGCAGCGGCGGUGGCCGCAGCCCGAGCGCGGACAGCGGGGACGAGGCGCCCGACGACGAGGACGGGGACGAGGCGCCCGAGGCGGGGGCGGCGCGCGGCGCGGAGGCGCGGGGAGGCGGCAGCGGCCUCGGGGCCCGCGGGUCGGGCUGCCAGCGCGAGGCCGAGGCGCCCCCAGGCGCUGUCGAUGAGGCCGCUGUCCCCGGGCCCCGUGGGAACUCGCCGGGAGCCUCGGCGGCGCCCGGGGACGCGGGGACGACCCCGCAGGGCGCGGCGGCGGCGACGAAGCCCAAGCGGAAGCGCACGGGCUCCGACUCCAAGUCCGGGAAGCCGCGGCGCGCGCGCACCGCCUUCACCUACGAGCAGCUCGUGGCGCUGGAAAACAAGUUCAAGGCGACGCGCUACCUGUCGGUGUGCGAGCGCCUCAACCUGGCGCUGUCGCUGAGCCUCACCGAGACGCAGGUGAAGAUCUGGUUCCAGAACCGUCGCACCAAGUGGAAGAAGCAGAACCCGGGCGCCGACUCCGGCGCGCCGACCGGCGGCGGAGGGGGACCGGGGCCGGGUUCCGGGCCGGGUGCGGGGCUGCCCGGUGGCCUCAGCCCGUCGCCGCCCAUGGGCGCGCCGAUCGCCAUGCACGGCCCGGCCGGGUACCCGGCGCACGGCCCCGGCGGCCUGGUGUGCGCCGCGCAGCUGCCCUUCCUGUCGAGCCCGGCGGUGCUGUCGCCCUUCGUGCUGGGCUCGCAGACCUACGGCGCGCCCGCCUUCUACGCGCCGCACCUCUGA